AUGACUCGAAACAAUCGUCGUACACGUUUACAAAUUUCUGGCACUUCAUCUAUAUUUGAAGCCUUGGAACUAGUCCAGAAAGAGAAAGCAAGGUUUGAAAAGGAAGUACGCAGACUCACGCGUAAAAUUCGAAAUCUAAAUAACGAUUUAAAGAGGUUGAGAGAUAAUAAUGGACGGCAAGAAACUUAUAUUAACGACAUUGAACAGAAGUUAAAGUUGUUGGAGAUAGUCCGUAAACAGCAAGAAGAACGCAUCAAAAAUCUUGAACAUGAGAAAGAUCGAGAAAAAAGAAACAAAUGA